AUGGCUUGGUUAUGUGAGUUAGUAACUAACGGUGAAGAAGCUGUUCUUUUGGCUUUUUCAGAAACCGGUGAAAUGAAGAGUGUCAUUACUCCUUUGAGCACUACUGUCAUAAUGCCUUCUCCUGUUUUACUAUGGAGAUUUAAGAUAUUAUUGUUUAUUGUGUGGGGCUUCUCUUGCUCAAAGAUAGGAUGGGAUUCUGUAAUGAGAAUGAGUGUGGACUUGCGGGAUUUAUUUCUUUAUGAAGCCUUUUUAUAUUAUAAUCCUCUUCUUCUUGUGACUCUUAUGGUUUGGCUUUGGGGAGUAAAUCUGUGGGUAUUUGCUCAGUCAAACAUUGGUUAUGCUAAAAUGUUUGACCUAGAUCAAAAUCACCUUACUCACAGAGAAAUAUGGAAGUGUGCCACUUGGAUGACAAUCAUUGUUCCAACUAGCAUGACGGCGUACCUUUAUCUCUAUUCGCAUGGAGAAGUAUCUUUGGCUGCUUCACUACCAGUUCUUCUCUAUGCCGCUGUUGCAUUUCUUCUGAUAUUUCCUUUUGACAUUUUCUAUUUGUCAUCACGCUACUUCAUGUUAAGGACUUUUUGGAGGAUAGUCUUCCCACUACAGGCAAUAUCAUUUGCUGAUUUUUUCUUGGCUGAUAUUCUGACCUCCAUGUCGAAGGUAUUCUCAGAUUUGGAACGCUCCGUCUGCAGAAUGGUCCACAGACAGGUUGCUACUAUUGCUUGGUUUGAGGCCGAUUCUGUCUGUGGUAGUCACUCUGUUGCUAUUCCUAUAGUUCUUGUUUUGCCCUAUCUCUUUCGUCUAUUUCAAUGUCUUCGACAAUACAAGGACACUGGGGAAAGAACUACUUUACUGAACGCACUGAAAUAUUCAACUGCAGUACCAGUCAUAUUUCUUUCGGCCCUCAAAUACCAUGUCAUUCCUGAUAAAUGGACAAGCUUUUAUCGGCCUUUGUGGCUUCUCUCAAGCAUCCUGAACUCUUUGUACUCUUUCUAUUGGGACGUGACCCGAGAUUGGGACUUGACUUGCUUCACCAGGAUUUUCAAGUUCAACAAACCUCAUAUCUUCUCCCAUAUGCUAUAUGGACGGAAAUGGGUUUUCUUCUGGGUGAUAGGAAGUAAUUUGAUCCUAAGGUGCACAUGGACAUACAAGUUGUCUGCUCAUUUAAGGCAUAAUUAUUUAACAUUAUUCACCAUCACUGCCUUGGAAAUGAUUCGUCGGUUUCAGUGGGUAUUUUUCCGGGUAGAGAAUGAAUGGAAUAAAACAAACUCAAAGUCGAAUUCUCAGAUUGCCAUGAGCAAUAACUUGUCAAAUGAAGAAGAGAAAUUACUCAAGUCCAAUAACCACAACAUAUAGAGAGACCUACCUACCUACCAGCUCCAGAAAAUUGAGGUUUCCUCUAAUACCUACCUCUUCUGCUCCUCCUAUUUGUUUACGAUAUUUUUCAUCAAAAUUAUAGAAGGAAUCGCGUUUUUUAUUUUAUUUUAUUUUAUUUUAUUUUAUUAUUGUUACCUUGAUGAGAAGGUGAAAACUAUGUCCUAUUAUUUAUAACUUUGUUUAUCUCAUCACAAGGAAAAGAUAGAGGUGUUCAAUUCCUGAUA